AGGGGCGGAGACAAGCUUGCCUUUGCAUCCAUAGCGAAUAAAGCGGCGUAAAAAGGGCACAGCCUCGCUGUGAGCCGCUGUGGGGAAUUAGUUUACAAUAGGAAACAACAAGCUCCUCUCUGGGUUCUUCUGGGACAUAAUGGGUGGAUGUUUUUCGGUCGCAGAGGCGAGUCACACAGCACGGUAGGCAUUUUUCUCCCCCCCACCACCACCGGUGCUGCUGCUGCUGCUGAACUAACCAGAAUCGUCUAUGGUGGAGUGACACUGGGAUCCGAACAAGAAACAUAGUUCUAAGUGCGGCUGUUAUAGAGAGACGCAACAUUGUAACCGGGGAGGAAACGCCGCAGGGUUACAUUAAGCGGAUACCAGCUGGAUUUUCCUGCGCGUAAUGUUACAGAGCAUCCCCCGCCGCUGUUAAGCCCCGUGGGCUAGCUAUGAAAAGUGGACUGUCUGGUUUGUUUUCUCCAUCCACUCCCAGUUUGCAUGGAACAAAGUGUGCUUUAUGAAACACAACCCGCACCGUGAGUGGGAUCCAGUGCGGUUCGUCGCCGUGGGUUUAUGUGUCGUAACGUUUCUGGUCCAAGGGUCCAGCGUCUCUCCACUCCCGAAAUCAUCAUGAGGACCACCGAGGAGCCAGAGGGCUUUGACGGCGAGGCCUCCAACACUUCCAUGAUCUCCGGGGCCAGCAGUCCCUAUCAGCCCACCACCGAGCCCGUCCACGCGAGGAACGUUUUGGGGGGGAUAAGGUGCGACGUGGAGUACCUCAAGUCGUACUUUGGGAUUUUAAAGGUGGUUGAAGUGGUCCUAUCCCUUAUUGGAUUCAUCUGCAUAGAGACUAUCAUGAUGUGUUCUCCCUGUGGAGGGGUCUACUUCUUUGAGUUUGUCAGCUGCAGUGCCUUCGUGGUGACGGGAGUCCUCCUCCUGAUCUUCAGCCUGAACCUGCAUACCAAGGUGCCCCACGUCAACUGGAGCCUCACGGACCUGGUUAACACUGCUGCCAGCACCUUCUUCUUCUUCUUGUCAUCUCUUGUGCUGGCCUGCAUCAACCACAGCACUGGAGCCGAAAUAGCAGCAGUGAUCUUUGGCUUCCUGGUGACAGGUGUGUACGGAAUUAACACCUUCCUGGCGGUACGGCGGUGGCGCCUUGGCAAUGGGUGUCAGGGGGCGACUCAGACCAGCGAGUACAUGCGAGCACGCACGGCAUCUCGUGGAGAAAUGGAGGCAAGACCUGAGCUUGCAUGAGUGCGGGCACACAAUGAGACAGACUAAGGGAAAGCCACGCUACCGGCAGCUGACUGAGAUGGAUGCUACUCCGCCUUGAGAAUGGUAUUUCAUUCAAGUCUUGAGUGGAAGGGCUAUCUCAAGCUCACCACCUGCUUUUGACUUCUCAUCACAACACCUCAGCUGUGCUUUCCGCCUGCCCAGCCACUGAAUAAAUCUUCAUUUCAUAGCCACAGAUGAGUUAUGUGGCUUUGUUCAUCAGUGACACAUAAAGACUCUAAAGUGAAGAGCUCAGAGUCAGAAUUGAAGGUAUUCUCUGUUAAAACUUUCAUCCACAUAUCUUUCUAAACCAGCGUGAAGGAUGAGUUCCGCGACGAUCCAAAAAAAAGAGGCUGACUUCACACCAACUGUGCACCAACCCCUAUUCUGGCGUAGGUGUUGACUUUUUAGAAUGUUUUGUGUUUCACUGUGAAUGAAGCAGAGGAAAAGAAAGGUCAGCUUUUGUACAGUUUGCUUAUUUUACGCUGCUUUCUGUGAAGUCUGUGGUAGUAAAUGUGAUCGGGGAUCCAGGAAGCCACUGGACCGGCAACAGACAGUAACCUGUAGUGCAACCGAAGCGCCAUGACUUUACUGUUCUUUCGUAGAUACUGACAUCAGCCUUCGGCUUCUACCUGUGAGCAAGGCUGACAAAAGAUAUUUUAAUCUAAAGAUUACAAAUGCUGACUUAAAGAGUGUGUUUCUCCUUUACAGCUUUAUACAUACCUUUUAUCAUGUGACCGUUAGCCACUAUUAAGAUCUUUCCGGCCAGCAAUUAUACAGUAACAGCACUGAACUGCAAUAAAAAUAGGCAGUACAGCAAUAUUUUAAGAGUGAAAAAGACUGAUUUCUUUGUAACACUUAACACAUCCAAUGGGUUUUACACAAUUGUAAUAACAAAAUAAAUACACUUCACUCCAUCUAUUUUAUCCCAGGUUGUGCCUAACAACUUGUUACUUGUGUAUGAGACUGGUAAUUGGUAUCUUGUUACUUUUGCAAAUGUCCAAAGCUUCAGGUAACUUAAAUGUUGGCGGUAUAGUUCAUGAAUCAUCAUUCAUUUAGAAACAAACAUCAUUAGGUGACCUGGUCAAGAUCAAUGCCCUUAGCCUAUACACUGUAUCUCAGGUAUUGACAAACUACUUUCAAUCUUUGAUUCUUAAAAAAACAAACAUUUGAAAUGAAAUCACAGGGUGCCUCGACCUGAACGCUGUAUUUCUUAAUGACUUCAUAAUUAUUAGACAUGAUAGGACUAUCAUAGAGAUGAACUGAUACUUUAAGUUACAUGAUUAAAAAAUGAAGUCAUGUGAAGGUGGCGACAGGUGGGAUGGAAAUUCUGUACAUUUAGUGCUAUUGCUGCAGCUUUUCCUCUAUUUGGUUGAUUGAAAAUGUGCAUAUGUAUUUACAGUAUAUCACACACUUCAUGUAUUAUGAAAUCAUUCCACAGCUGCAGCUGUUAUACAGGUCACAGAUACAGAGUGCAGAAUCAUGCCUUUAUUGUUCAGCCAGUGUACUUGACAGGCAAACAGGAGGAUUAAUCUUGAAAAAUCACAUAACAUUUGCUUUUUAGGAUGGAGGAAGAAAUGUCAACUUCAUUUUUGGUGACUUACAUUGUUCUAAUGUAUUGAAUCUACCCUAUAGUUACAUGUAUGUGUGAGUGUGUGUGUGUGUGUUUUCGGUGUUGUUUGAGACCUUUUUAUGUAUAUUAGGCUUGGGUGAGUUUGUGCAGGGUCUAAAUUGACUCUAUGGCUCCAUCUCCUGGUCUUCUUCUAAAAUGUAUUCCUUGUGACUUCAGUGGACUGACUGCACAGCCAGGUUAACUACAGGAGUGUGUGUAUAAGGGAAGGACCAGAUAUUUUAUUUGACUGUUCAGAAUGAAAAAUAAAAACUGUAUGGCUUCUUAAACAGCCCAAAAGUUACCAUACUAUACAGUAUGCUUGGUUAAUCAGGCUUUUCUCAUGUUUUUUGUAACUUAUAUCAUGUACAACUGCUAUUUUAAAGUAGUUUUAUGAAUAGACAAUCAUAUUUGUUCUUCUGUCUGUCACUUACAUUGAUGCAUUUGUUUCUGAGUUAUAUAAAAAUGUUCACAUAAACAUUUGUACAGGAAACGUUGCAGCACAAUCAUGCAAGUGCAUUAUGCUAUUUGAUAAUAUAAACUGACCAACAUAUUUGUCUUAAAACUAUCAAGCCACAGCUCUCUAUAUACAACUUUAUGCUACAAUAUAUUAUGAACUGUUUGUAUUUAUGAGGAAGAGAGAAAAUGCUUUCCACUAGUUUUAAUUGUUUGUGCUAUAAACAGUGGACAUGAUCAGUGUGACUGGAUGAAAUUAGAGGUGAGACGCUCUUCUGUUUCCUUUUAUUUUCUGUGUGCUUUGUUA